ACAAAGUAGUAUAGUAAGACGAGAUCUUACGUUAAUGUAAUACCACCAUUAGUCAACAGGUCCCAUUACGAUUGCCAUCCGGCAGUUGACGCCAACCUGAAAAACGUAUUUGGCAACCUUGACCAAAGACGUACAUUGUCGCCCAUGUACAUCUGUGAACUAUGUCGAUCAGAAAAACCGUGUCAUAUGGUUGUUUUGAUUAGUGAGGAACUCUUUUAAGCUAAAAGGCAAGGAGAGAAUUGUCGCGAAAUCGACAAAGUCGUGGUGGGCUCCGAUUUGGAAAGCGACUACAGACGUUUUGUGGAGACGUUCAGCUGCCCCUCCAACGUACAAUGUCACUUUUUGUUUAUUCUUAUUUCCUGUAUCAGCAAAAGUAGAUACAUUUCCUAUUUAGUGUGACAAUGGUUUGCGAAAAGUGCGAGAAAAAGCUCGGACGUGUUGUGACACCAGAUCCAUGGAAAUCAGGAGCGAGAAAUACGGUUGAAAGUGGUGGUCGCAAAGUUGGUGAGAAUAAAGCAAUUAGUGGCAAUAAGUCAAGAUUUAAUCCAUAUACUGCUAAAUUUGUGUCUUGCAGAAUAUGUCGACAAACUGUGCAUCAAGUAGGGUCACACUACUGCCAGGCAUGCGCUUACAAGAAAGCAAUUUGUGCCAUGUGUGGCAAAAAAUUGCUUGAUACAAAGAACUAUAAACAAUCGUCAGCGUAAGUGUUGCAACCACACCAUAGUCGUACAUUCACAGCAAAAUUUUAUCCACGGCUCUUAGCUGUUUUGCUCCUCGGAGAAAAUAUAUUGAAAUGCGUCGUUUCCUGUAGCUGAAGAAAGUUAGUAACACAUUGAUUUUUACCACCCAUGUUUUUUGCUUAUUUUGACUUUGGUAAAUGUACUUGAACAACUUGUGUGUUGGGUGUGAGACUGUUAAUCAUGGUUACAGCAGAUUUGUAAUUAAUUGGAGCAGAACAUAAAUGUAUGUGUAUAAUCACUUUUGUAUCAAAAUUGCUUCAAAAUAAAAAAGAACAUUAAUUAUUAGGA